AACAUUUGGUCCGAUCGAGCCGGAUUUUUGAAGCCGGAUUAUUUGAAGCACUCAAAUUAAUUUUCUUGUGUAUUUGGUUUCUUUAAGAUCGCCAUCUUUUCUUCGAAAGAAAAAACCACCACCAUUUCAUCCACCAACAUUAAUAAAAAAUUUGGAUUUAUAAGUACCAUGGACGCUUUAACCAUUGCGAUGGAAGAUGCUCUCUUGGAGUCGGACAAGGAAGUGAUGGAGGUAGAGGACCAGGGAUCUAAGGAUACUCCAGUGCCGGAUCCAGUACCUGUUUCAAUAACUGGUCCAGUAACUGCUCCAGUAACUGCUCCAGUAACUGCUCCAGUAACUGCUCCAGUAACUGCUCCAGUACCUGCUCCAGUACCUGCUCCAAUACCAUCUCCAGCCCCUACUCCAACACUUGCUGUGGCAUCUGCUUCGGUACCUGCUUCAGCACCAGAGUUGCUUACAUUAAAGGUCGCUUCGGUUGAGAAGUCUUCUGAAUCUACCGAUCCAGACCCGGCAGCAGCUCCCACAACCGCAAAGGCGUCAAAUGUGGAAUCCUCGGGCUCGAAUGUGUGUAAGCAAUGUAAAGGAAGACACCCGCUGUAUAGGUGCGCUAGUUUCCGAAAGUUGUCUCACGAAAAGAAGCUCAGAUUUGUCGUUCUACAUCGACAUUGCUACCGUUGUUUAUCAACAAAACACCUGGCUAAUGAGUGCAAGUCGUUGGUGAAGUGCAACAUAUGCCACGACAAUCACCACUCUCUUUUGCACUCACCAGGAAAAGGUCAAAAGAAGAAAGACGCGAAACCUAAACCCCAUACUUCAGCGCAGUCAAAAGCGAAAUCGAUUCCCUAUCCCGUCCAGGCUUCUAAUGUGCCAUUAAGACAUGCUAUUAACCUGUCUCCGACCUUAAGGUCCGAGCGGUUUUAGACUUGUGUUGUCCGAUGUCUUAUGUUUGUGAGUCCCUAGUCCAGCAGCUUAGGCUGCCUGUCUCGUCUGCGAACGGCGUUAAUAUAUGUCGUUUGACUAUCGGCUCAAUAUACGCGCCUCACCCUCAACUAACGUUGUCUGCAACAGUAAGGAAAAUGGUCGGUAUUCGUACUCCACCGGAAAAUAUUUCCAACGACAUUUUAACUUUAUUUGACGGGAUUCAGUUAGCUGAUCCCACAUUUAAUCAGUCGGGACAGGUCGCGUUGGUUUUAGGGCCAGAACUAAGUGCUUCCAUUAUUAAAGGAAAAAUCCAUUCUAGCCCGGGUCUUCCACUUGCCCAAUACACGUUAUUUGGAUGGGUCAUUUCCGGCCAAUCCCCUUAUUAAGAAACUCUUGAAACUCCCCUUGUUGCUUAACUCUAUCCUAAAACGAGUGUAACAUAAGAAAUAAAAUAAAUAAAUAAAACAAACAGCUGAAUUACUGCACUAAAAUAGGACAAACAAGAAAUUAAGCAAAGUUAUUUAAGAAAUAAUAGCAAAAAGGCAAAUGAAAAAUAAAAACAACUAAAGUGAGACAACAGAUAAGAAAUAUGAAAAGUUAAUAUGUGCAUGAUCAAAUAAGCAGCUGAAUUAGUGUAUUGAAAAGUGAUGCCUAAAGCAAAGUCGAGAAAAGAAGAAUAAAAUAAAGCACGCUGAAAAAGAAAUUUUCUAAAAAACAAAUCAGUUGAAACAACGAGGAUAACAUAAGAAAUAAAAACACAAAGAAAUAAACAUACAGCUGAAUUACUGCACUAAAGUGAAAUAAAUGAAUACAGCAGAGGAAAAAAAAAUAAAGCUGAAUAACUAAUAAUGAAACAAACAUAUAAAGGAAUAGAAAAAGCCAUAUCGCACAGCUGAAUUAAUACUUAUGUAUCCAAAUGAAAUAAAAAAGAGAAAAUGAAAUAAAGUGAACUGAACUACUUAAAUAAAAUUAAAACACGGUAAAAAAAA